AUGCCGUCCCCAUCGCCCCAGGGCCCUAGAGGGGUUCGUCGUGAGGCUAAGGCGCGAGUCUGUCUCCAUUGCGGUCGGAACUUCCGGCGAACGGAGCAUCUGGAGCGCCAUAUCCGCACUCACACCAAAGAGAAACCCUUCAUUUGUUUCUGUGGGGCGGCAUUUACUCGGAGAGACCUGCUCAAGCGCCAUGAUCGCCUUGCGCACCAGGAUGGACUCACCUCACCAAAUGCCCAAUCGGGCGUCCCCACGGGGACUACACCGGACCGGCGGCGAGGUGUUAUUCCGCCUCCAAGCGAACCUGCAUCGAUCCUGCAGCCCUAUAAUGCAUCGACGGCCCGUCCCACUGCUGCAGGUCCGUGGGCUGGCGCGCAGCAUGCACCACCGCCGGCUCCGGGGCCCUAUUUAGAACAGGACCAUAGCGCUCUGUUGCCGGCUGGUUCUGAUCACAAUCCACCAUUGCCGCCGAAUCCGGGCCUGGUGCAUGACCCCGACAUGCUGCAGGCGGCCCAGCUCCUUUUGCCGGGUGAUUAUAAUCCUACUUCGCAACCGCUUCCAUAUUUACCAGAUGGCUUGAAUCAUUUUCAGGACUUCACUCACUUCCUGGACUCUAUUGGUUUGACGGCAGAAUGGCUUCCCAGUGAUGGAGGAACCCCCCAGAGAGCCGCGGAAGAAGCUGGCCCGGAUGAUGUACGGGAACCGAACGGAGUUGCUCAUGAGCAAUCUACGAGACAGCAUAAGAAUCCUGGAGAAUCACGAGGUGAUUCGCCAUUUAGGUCCUGGCUGCCCUCUGUCCCACGAGGUGACCAAAGUCUGGGGACGCUGUCGGACUCGGAGCCACCUCAAAUUGCCAAGAGAACUUCAAGAUUUAAUGUCACCGAGGACCAGCGGUUCCGGUUGGCGGCCUCUCUCGAGGAAUUCCGCCAUGUGAUACCAGACUUUGUAUUGCCUUCCCGACAUACAUUGACGCGGUAUCUCACCUCGUACUUUGAGGGAUUCCAUCCUCAUCUUCCGUUCAUUCAUAUACCUACUUUUCGCAUCAACGAGCAUUCUCCAGAGCUGGUGCUGGCGCUCAUGACUAUCGGAGCCCAGUACAGAUUUGAACAUCGCAAUGCGGACAGAAUCUACCGCGUAUCAAAGGCGAUUCUCUUUGAUCGACUAGCAAGCCAUCGAAGUCAUUCACCAAAACCACGCCAUGACUUGAAUAAUGGAAUUCCUGUGCCGUUUGGAGCCCCACGGUAUUCCGGUCAUGGGGAUGUCUCACAGGAGCCUACAGAAGGAUAUGGUUCUUGGAGACAAAUUGAAAUCAUCCGGUGCUUGCUUGUCCUGAUGGGCUAUGCAACGUGGGAGAAUGCAGAACUAGUCCAGGAAGCAUUCACUCUUCAGAGUCUCCUGGUUCGACAUCUGCGCGAGGCUGGGUUAACGGAGAAUGCGUCCUGGUCCGAUCCACGUCCAUCACUCGAGUGGCAUGAUUGGGCAGAUCAGGAAUCCAUCCGUCGUACGAAGCUGAUCUCGUUUUGCUUCAUUCACAUGCACAGCGUUUCCUACAAUGCAUACCCUUCACUCCGUAGCAGUGAGAUCCACUUGCGACUGCCUUGUUGCACUAGCGAAUGGACUGCAACCACCGCCGGCGAAUGGGAGGCUGCUCAGCGAAACAGAGGCGCCCAGCAACUGUUCUUCCAGGACGCAUUGACCUUGCUCCUCCAGAAAUCGCCCUCAAAGGCCGUCUUAGAUCCUAUCCCAGCGCCGCUAGGGAAUUAUAUUCUUCUGCAUGGACUGUUACAGCGAAUUCAUCUUGUGAGCGAACUCUCCCUGCCAAAUGGGAACCAUGGAUCCGCCACACUGCCAACUGAAGAGCUCAAUAAACUCGAACGAGCACUUCGCUCCUGGACAUCUGUCUGGCAACAAGCCCCAGAGUCUAGCCUCGAUCCACACAACGCCAACGGGCCCAUACCAUUCACCUCCAGCGCGCUGCUCGGUCUUGCCUAUGUACGGUUAUCCCUGAACUUGGGUCCACAUCGCCGCCUGGAGACUCGAGAUCCUGCAUGCAUUGCAAACGCCCUGCGUCGCUCUCCCCGUCCCGAAAGAAGCUACCGUUUAAUCCCGGCUCUCAUCUACGCUGCCCAUGCGCUCAGUAUUCCUGUCCGGUUGGGAAUUGACCAUGUCGCACGCAGCCAAGCCUUUUUCUGGAGUGUGAGGCAUUCUAUCGCGAGCUUGGAAUGCGCUGUUCUGCUCAGCAAGUGGCUUUUUACCCUUUCCGAGGCGGGGCCUGAUCAAGCUCUGAGCGAAAAUGAAAGCCGCAUUCUCCGCUGGACACGGUGCAUCGUCGAAGAAGCCUACUCGUCCAUUGACCUAGACACCGACGCAGACGCUCCAACAGAUCUCGAACCAGCCGCACUGGGAAUGGCUGUCCUGAAGCUUUGGGCGAGGCUAUUUCGGAGAAAUACGCAAUGGCCUUUCAUCAACGUCCUUGGUCAGAGUUUGGAGCAGUACAUGGCCAUACUUUGA